AUCGUAGCCUUGCUUGAAUUUCCCGCUCAUUCCACUGUGUGCGCAGGGCAGAGUUGCGCCUACGUCGCGGAGUACCGAGCCUUGCCAAUGGCACCUCCAUCGGGCGUCGCCAUGUCCUUCCGCUCGGCUGACCGGGCUCUGGAUGACUAUCAAUUCACCUUCGAAUCGUACUUGGACGACUCGGCGCGGAUUGAGCCGGAUUCAAAUGGUCACGAUGUAUACGACACACAGUCGCUUUCAGACAGCAUAGCCAAGUCCAGGCAAGAGCUUGGGAGGACGUACCAUUCAUAUCGCGCGGGGUCCUACCACUUCCCCAACGACGAGCCAGAAAACGAGCGGGCGGAGGAGCAGUACGAGAUCAUGAAAAUGGUCAUGGACGGCCGCCUACAUCUUUCUCCAUUCUCUCGCACUCGUCCUCCACGCAAAGUCCUAGAUAUUGCCACCGGCACCGGUAUUUGGGCCAUCGAGAUGGGGGACAAAUACCCCGAGUCCGAGAUCAUCGGCACCGACCUCUCACCCAUCCAGCCCGCCUUCGUUCCUCCAAACGUCCGCUUCUUCGUUGAGGACUCGUCGGAUGAUUGGGACUAUCCAGCCGAGUUUGACUUUAUCCACACGCGUUUGACCAUCGCCUGCUGGUCAGACAUGAAGAGGCAGAUCAUCCAGCGCGCCUUCGACCACCUCCGACCCGGGGGCUGGCUCGAAUGUCAAGAGAUUCCCGUCCACAUCUACUGCGACGACGGCACCCUGCCCGACGAUUACGGAUGGCUGCGGUGGGUCAGGGACUUUGAGGCGGUCUCGCAGCUCGCCAACCGGCAAGCAAAUACAGGCCCGCAGCUUAAAGAAUGGAUGCGCGAGGUUGGCUUUGUUGACGUGCAGGAAACUGUGUUUAAAAUCCCCCUCAACGGUUGGCCGAAGGACAUGCGAUUAAAGCAUCUUGGCAUGAUGUGGCAGCGGAACAUGCUCGAGGGGUUGAGCGCUUUCAGCCUUGGUCUGUUCAACCGGUUCUUGGGGAAGACGGUUGAGGAAAUAGAGCUGUCCUUGGUGGACGUCCGGAAGAGCCUCUUCGAUCGCAACGUGCACGCCUACCACAGGUUGUACGUGGUCUGGGGUCGAAAGCCAUAAGCCGCCUAGCAUUCGUCGAUACAGACUGCCGCAGCAACCGGAA